CUAGUUAAAAUGGCGUUACUAAAAAGUGUCUCAUUAAAAUUUGAUAAAACAAAUUUAUAAUGAAGCAAAUUAUGAGCUGCGAAUCAGAUGUAUUAAAAAUUGGAAAAAAAUUAGAUGAGAUAGUUAAAAAUGAGAAUUCAGAUCAAAAUCCUCUUGAUUUACUUAAUUUACUCAAUAGUCUACCUAUAACAUUGGAAAUUCUUCAAAAAACGCGAAUCGGAAUGACGGUUAAUUCUUUGCGUAAACAUACCACUCAUGAAAAUAUUGCCAACUUAGCUAAAUUUUUAAUAAAAAAAUGGAAAAAAUUAUUAACAGCAGAACAAAAUAUAAGCAAAGAUAAUAAAAAUCAAAUUAAAAAACUUAAUAUUGAGAAUGAUAAACAUUUAAAUUAUGAAGUUCAAACAUGUAUACCACAGACUUUGUCACAAAUGAGCUCAGAAAUUAGUCCUUCUAAUUCUCAAGAUUCUAUCAAUUUCGAAAUAACAAAUGAUCCGAUAAGAAUUAAGUGUCAUGAAUUAUUAAUUAAUGCAUUGACUUAUGCAGAUAUGCCAUCUGGACCAUUGGAUCCAAAACAAAUUGCUAUUCGUGUUGAAGAAACUAUUUUCAAAGAAUUUAGCAAUACAGAUUUUAAAUACAAAUCUCGUAUAAGGAGUAAGGUGGCAAAUUUAAAAGAUUCAAAAAACCCUCGAUUAAGAGAAAAUGUAUUAUUAGGGCACAUCACUCCAGAAAGACUAGCAACUAUGACAACUGAAGAAAUGGCAAGUGAUGAAAUGAAGAUAUUAAGACAAAAAUAUACAAAAGAUUCAAUAAAUGAUCAUCAAAUGUCUAUAACCACUGGGACUCCAACUGAUUUAUUUAAAUGUGGUAAAUGCAAAGGAAAGAAAUGCACAUAUUCACAAAUUCAAACAAGAAGUUCAGAUGAACCAAUGACCACCUUUGUUUAUUGCAUAGAUUGUGGAAAUAGAUGGAAAUUUUGCUAAAGCUCCACGAAAAAUAUAUGUUUUAAAAUUGUGUCAAAUUAUAUUUAUUUCGAAGCUUUUUAUUGGGAUAGAUUUACAUAUAUACAAUAUAUUUAUAUAAUAAAUAAAGAUGGCAUAGCAAUAUUACUAUAUUUAUAUAAUAAAUAAAGAUGGCAUAACA